AUGAGGUCACAAGUAACGCUUUGUGCCCUCUGGGCAAUCCUCAUACCUCUCUGCCCUUCCAACACACGAUUCGAGGUUUUUUGCAAUUCAUACUCAACCGGCGGCAAUCAAAUCGGCCCCUCCUUCGAGCUUGACGAUUUGGCGUCAUGCAUCGACCUGUGUGCUGUUACCUCAGAUUGCAAAGCCGCACUCUUUGACCGCAGCCAGUUCCUUUGCUACUUGCUCGACGAAUCUGAUGGCCCAGCAUCUAAUAAUCUGUAUGACUCGGCUAUUUUGCUGCCAUCUGAACCAACUACGACAACCGCGACUACAACUGCUGCCGUCGCGGCUAUAACAUCUGACGUUUCGGCUCCAACAUCUUGCAGUCAACUCGAUAAUCCAUCCAAUAUUGACGGCGUGGAAUUCACACUCUUCUGUGGCAAUCAAGCAACGGGCGGUAAUGCGGUCGACUAUAGCAACCAGCUUCAAAGCUUGACAGAAUGCAUGGAAUUCUGUGUUGGUAACCUAGCUUGUCGCGCAGUCACGUUCGACAACUCUUUUCAGGAAUGUUACUUGUACGAUGGAUUCAACGGUUUCCAGAGUGACUUGAGCAAGGAUAUGGCUGUAGUAUCAUCUCGACCGGCUGUCACAUCUACAACUGAAGCUUCAGCGGAAAUUCCUACAAUUACAUCAUUAUCGGCAUCGUAUGAGACCUCUUCAACGAUUGAAACCACCUCAGAGUCUAUGGAAACAACAAUAUACACCAGCUCUUCAGCAUCCACAUCAUCCGGGUCCCCAGAGACUACAUCAGCGGGUACAAUAGAGUCGUCAUUGUUUACAACUACAUUAAGUGAAACCUCUGAAGCAACUACUUCACUACCGACAACAUCGUCACUAUUUACAUCAUUAUCGUCUUCGCAAGACACUCCCUCGGGGUCUACAUCUGAUUCUGCACUUCAGUCUACACUGGAAUCUACAUCUACUUCAGCUGAAUCUGCUACAACAUCACUAGAGGCUGUCUCCUUAUCAACUACACUGCCAGCAUCUACAUCAACCGACUCUUCAUCAUCGCUAUGGUCAGAAUCUGCCUCAGAGACUAUAUCGGGUGCCCAAUCGGCAUCUACAUCAGCCGAGGAGUCAGCUUCUCUAGAGCCUACUACUAUCGCAAUAAGUAUUGAUACAACACACAUUGAUAAUACCAACAUCGAUAUGUCGACCGCGGAGACAUUGACGACUGAAACACCAUCCAUAGAAACAUCAACCGUGGAGACAUCAGCCACCGCGAUCAUAUCAACAUCAACAGGAUCAAGUUUGAGCGAUGCUAGCCGUGUUUCCACUGAGACAGAAUCCUCAUCAGAGGUUUCCGCUCUGCCUUCAGCCUCAUCAACACCAUCUGCAAGGAACAUUCCUAUCCUCAGUGAAUAUGCCUUCACAGGGUGUUUAAAAUCCCUUGAGGGUUACCCAUCAUUUCAAGAGGUAGCAACCGAUCCAGAAAUGACUACCCGAAAGUGUGUCGACUUGGCUUUCGGAAGUGAAUAUAUCGGUGUCUAUCAAGAGACUUGUUACAAGGCCGAUGUGCUAGAUGAUACAGAAUUCAUAUCGGAUGCACGCUGCGAUCUCACAUGCCCUGGAGAUCGCACUCUGUUCUGCGGAGGUAUUCUCGGCGGCGAACAAAUGAUUCUGCAUCGAGCGAUCGCGCCUAAUCUACUCCUCACCCUCUAUCGCAAAAAGCUUCCCUCCACUUCCGAUGCCUUAUCCUCUUCGUUCUCCGCACCUCCCUCUUCUUCCUUACAGGCUACGGGAUCCCAGGGUUAUGGAGGGACUUCUGAGUCAAGCGGUACUUCACAAUCCAUUCAAACAGACUCUCCAUACUCUUUGUCCUCCCCCACAACUGAAAACAUUGGCUCAAAGACUCUUUUGGUGUCUGAUUCCACUAACACAGAGACCAACUCUGAAACUCGUCUGCCAACGUCUCUCCCUACCCCAACAGCCAUCUAUACCGCUUACUCGACUCCAACUAUUGACGAUGCUUACACCAGAACUCGACUUGCCGAGACAGUAACCACUAUUACUUACUCUACUGUCAACCCAAGCAAUGCUGCAUCUCUCACCACAACUUGUGUUCCUAUUACCCUACUAUACAGCCCUUGCGGGUGUAAGAACCAGGUAUACCCAACAGUGGAUAUGACAACUGUUGCCUGUACCCAAGGAGGGGAUAUUGUUACCCUGACAGUUCCAAAAGCUGCUUAUGAGACUGGCCGUGUGGACUAUACACACCCAAUCGUUCAAUAUCCUUCAGGCUGGAAUGAGGGGCAUCAGGCACAUGCUGGCAGCAGUAAUUAUCCUACGGGACAGCCUGCAGGAGGUUCUCGACCUGGUUCGAAGAACGGUCAACCUGAGUACCCUACCGUUGCUACAGGAUCACAGGAUUCCUAUCCAAGCUACAAAGCACAUCACCCAGUGAUCCCUACUUCAGUUGGAGGAUCAAGUGGUGAUGAUCAACCGGAACAAGGGAACCCGCAGCCAUCUGUUCCAGCUCAAGGCUCAGCAGAGGCCAUCAACAAUAUGCCGAUGAAUCCCUCUCAGCCAUCAUCCCCGAAGAGCUUGACAACGGAAACACGCAUUAUUACUACUACUCAACUCGGCAAUUCAGCACUUCCAUCUCAAUCAUCACCUAUUGACCAGGGCCAAACUACUUCAGAGACGAAGGGGCUGCCCUAUAAUACACCAGUGGUUGUUUCAGAAGCUUGCAUAAAUAACCUUACAUUGUGGAUUACUAUCACUGCAUUAGUUGGAAUAUUUUUAAUGUAA